GACUUAAGUCCUUGAGUAGACUUAAGUUGCAUCGGCGCUUCGAAUAACAGCGGCCCAGUUAAAAACCUGGCAGUGCUCGUGUUUUAGUGGUAAAGUGCGGUCCAGUGGCGGACUUGCGACAUGAAAGGGGGAGACUGUAAGGUGCCGAUCCAGGAGGACCACCGGAGCUUCCUGGAAAAGGGCAACAGGGUAAUUCCGGGGGGCAAGAAGGUCGGGAUCAUUGCCGCGUUUCUUCUGCUAGUUGCGAUGAUUUUGAUGAUCAUAUUCACGUUUCAAGCCCUCCACGGGAUUUGCGAACUGAGGCAGGAGAUAGAACUUUUGAAAGGGUCGAUCAAAGACCUUCAAAAGAAAAUCGACGAAGGCAAGGACGACCAAGAAAAAGGCAAAGAUGUCACAGGUCUACCGAUAGUGGGGAAAAUCCACAGCAACUUUGAUCUUGAAAACUACGAAGACUAUACUGUAGAUGGUGAUUAUUCCUACGAAGAUUAUGCCUACGAAUAUGAUGACACGUCCAAUAGAACGGAACCUGAAACUGGGGAAAAUUACACCAAAGAUGCCAAAACUGCUACAGCACCCCCUAGAAUCAAAAGAAAUAUUGUUGGGUACACUCAAGAUGGAACCUCCAUCAAUUCUGAUACAUUUGACGAGAAACGAAACGGGACUUUUAGAAAGAACUACCAUUAUAGCACCCCACCAUCGCCUAGUUCCUACGCGUAUUAUUACCCACAAACGAAAGCAAAUCAAGAUCCCACCACCCCAGCACCACGCCAGAUACACUCGAGAAGGUUACGAGUCCACCCUGAAGGCAACCACCAAACAGUAAAAGCAACCCCCGUGCUAAAAUCAGGAGAUUCCCACAAUUUUGAGGGCAAUCCAGACGUCGAAUUCGCUGUGGUGGCUGACGACCAUCUCGGUCCAGGUCGUACCCGGCACCGCCAGCGCCGUCUCGAAUUGGACGAGCGGCACAUCCGAACCGGUAGAAUGCGUCCUUUGCCAUCCGCCCACUUUUCUGGCGAUACCUCGAAGUAUGUCUUGGGUCAACACGAAAAUUUCAAAGGAAACGGGCACUUACGUCACCCGCAAAGAACCUUCGUGGACUGGACCGAGAGCAGCUGGUUCCAUCCGCUGGGAAUGGACCGUCAUUUUUCGCUGUCCGACGGAAUUCUUACCAUUAAGGAAUCAGGCUUAUAUUUCAUCUACGCUCAAAUUUAUUAUUACGACGAACAUGACAUUAAUGGCUUUAGGGUGUAUAGGAACGAGAAUGAAACACUGUUGCAAUGUACCACAACGACCCAUUCGGUUGAAAGGGUGAUGAAGGGCAAUACGUGUUUUACGGCUGCGGCUGAAUACUUGAAUGAGAAUGAUCGAAUCAGCUUGGGAGAUUUAUCAGAGUCGAGACUUUCGCUGUUUGAACCCGGGAAAUCUUUCUUCGGGGUGAUCAAACUCGGAGAUGUGAAGAUUAAAUGAAGUCGGGGGUGAACUAAAGCAACUGAAGCUUUACUGCACAGUUUUAGGUUAUAGGCUUAAUUUAUUAGUUGUGCAUUGAACUGUACAAAAUGAAACGAGCAGAGUUUUACCAAAGUUACGUCAGUGUCGGUACGUAUAUAGUGUAUCCCUUUUUCGCGCUUGCCAUAUUAUCCUAGUUUCUACUACAUUAUUAUAUCAUUUUUGUAAGUGUACAUAAUUUAUUUUUGAAUAAAAUUUUUCACGAA